CAGUCACAGUCCGGGCUGCGGGAGUCGAGCCGCCGCCGCCGCCAGCGGACGGGGCGGGGAUCCCGGUGCCAGCUCCUCGUCAGCCGCCUCAGUCGGCCGCCCGGCCCGUCAUGGAGCGGGGCGGGUCCUCCGCCCGUUCCGUGUGAGGCGCGUCGCCGCCGCCGGUGCUUUUCGAGACGUCCCUCACCCCGCCGCCGCCCGGAGCCCCUCGCCCUUGGCAGCCCGUCGCCGCCUCCCCCGGGACCCCCGGGAGGACUCGGAUGCGCGUCCGGUGAAGGUGCAGGCCCGGUGCCGCCGCUGCCGCGGCCAGGAGAUGGUUCGGGCCUAGCGGAGCCGGGACUGGAGGGAAUCUAGAGCAACAGCAAAGCUGAGGUCAAACUGCCAUAAGGAUGGACACCAAGGAAGCUGUGUUUGGGACAAAAAGAAAUCAAGAUAAGCAACAUGAACCGUGAAGAGCGGAAUGUGCUGCGUAUGAAAGAACGGGAAAGGCGGAAUCAGGAAAUUCAGCAGGGCGAAGACGCCUUCCCUCCUAGCUCUCCUCUCUUUGCUGAGCCAUACAAAGUUACUAGCAAAGAAGAUAAGCUGUCAAGUCGUAUUCAGAGCAUGCUUGGAAACUACGAUGAAAUGAAGGAUUUUAUAGGAGACAGAUCUAUACCAAAGCUUGUUGCAAUUCCGAAGCCUACAGUACCACCGACAACAGAUGAAAAAUCGAACCCAAAUUUCUUUGAUCAGAGACAUGGGAGUUCUCAUCAGAGUAGUAAGUGGACUCCAGUAGGACCUGCACCAAGCACUUCUCAGUCUCAGAAACGGUCCUCAGGCUUACAGAGUGGACAUAGUAGCCAGCGGACCAGUGCAAGUAGCAGUGGUGGUACUAACAGUAGUAGUCAGAGACAUGACCGUGACUCAUACAGCAGUAGUGGGAGUAGUAGCCGGAAGAAAGGCCAACAUGGAUCAGAACACUCCAAAUCACGCUCUUCUAGCCCUGGAAAACCCCAGGCUGUUUCUUCAUUAAGCUCCAGUCAUUCCAGGUCUCAUGGGAAUGAUCACCAUAGCAAGGAACAUCAGCGUUCCAAAUCACCUCGGGACCCUGAUGCAAACUGGGAUUCUCCUUCCCGUGUACCUUUUUCAAGUGGACAGCAUUCAAAUCAGUCUUUCCCACCUUCAUUGAUGUCAAAGUCCGGUUCAAUGUUACAGAAACCCACUGCCUAUGUGCGGCCCAUGGACGGACAGGAGUCCAUGGAACCAAAGCUGUCUUCUGAGCACUACAGCAGCCAACCUCAUGGAAACAGUAUGACUGAACUAAAGCCCAGCAGCAAAGCACAUCUUACCAAAUUGAAAAUACCUUCCCAGCCACUGGAUGCAUCUGCUUCUGGUGAUGUGAGCUGUGUGGAUGAAAUUCUUAAAGAGAUGACGCAUUCAUGGCCUCCCCCUCUAACGGCUAUUCAUACACCAUGCAAAACAGAACCUUCCAAAUUUCCUUUUCCAACUAAGGAAACGCAGCAGUCCAAUUUCGGCCCUGGAGAACAAAAAAGAUAUAAUCCUUCUUCUAAAACUUCAAAUGGGCACCAGUCUAAAUCUAUGUUAAAAGAUGACUUAAAAAUAAGCAGCAGUGAAGACAGUGAUGGGGAACAGGAUUGUGAUAAGACAAUGCCAAGGAGUACACCAGGGAGUAACUCUGAACCUUCACACCAUAAUAGUGAAGGAGCAGAUAACUCGAGGGAUGAUUCUAGCAGCCAUAGUGGAUCUGAAAGCAGCUCUGGAUCUGACUCAGAAAGUGAAAGUAGUUCUAGUGACAGUGAGGCAAACGAGCCAUCCCAGAGUGCAUCUCCUGAGCCUGAACCACCACCAACAAACAAAUGGCAACUUGAUAAUUGGUUGAAUAAAGUGAACCCACAUAAAGUAUCACCAGCAUCUUCUGUGGACAGUAAUAUCCCAUCAUCUCAAGGUUAUAAAAAGGAAGGUCGAGAACAGAGCACUGGAAAUAGCUACACUGAUCCAGGUGGACCUAAAGAAACAAGUUCUACUACUCCCGGACGAGACUCCAAAACUGUCCAAAAAGGAUCAGAAAGUGGGCGUGGGAGGCAAAAGUCUCCUGCACAGAGUGACAGCACAACACAGAGGAGAACUGUAGGCAAAAAGCAACCCAAAAAGACUGAGAAAGCAACUGUUGAAGAGCCCCGAGGUGGCCUGAAGAUAGAGAGUGAAACCCCCAUCGACAUGACUGCCACCAUGCCCUCCAGCAGACACAAAGCAGCCACCAAAGGCUCAAGGAAGCCCAACAUAAAAAAGGAGUCCAAAUCAUCCCCCCGACCUUCAACAGAGAAAAAGAAGUAUAAGUCAACAAGUAAAUCUUCCCAGAAAUCACGGGAAAUCAUAGAAACAGAUACCUCAUCCUCAGAAUCGGAUGAAAGCGAGAGCCUUCCUCCUUCCUCACAAACUCCUAAGUACCUUGAGAGUAAUAGGACUCCCGUUAAACCCUCCUCAGUGGAGGAAGAAGAUAGCUUUUUUCGGCAACGAAUGUUCUCUCCUAUGGAAGAGAAGGAACUUCUUUCGCCCCUCAGUGAGCCUGAUGACAGGUAUCCACUUAUUGUGAAGAUUGACCUGAAUCUUUUGACUAGAAUACCAGGAAAGCCUUACAAAGAAACAGAGCCACCCAAGGGGGAAAAGAAAAAUGUGCCAGAAAAGCACACCAGAGAGGCGCAGAAACAAGCCUCAGAGAAAGUUUCCAACAAAGGCAAGAGGAAACAUAAGAAUGAUGAUGAUAACCGAGCCAGUGAGAGCAAGAAACCCAAAACAGAGGACAAGAAUUUAGCAGGCCACAAGUCAUCCAGCAACAGAGAGUCAUCGAAGCAGAGUGUUGCAAAAGAAAAGGAUUUGUUGCCUUCUCCUGCUGCUCCUGUUCCUUCAAAAGAUCCAAAAACUGAGCAUAGCUCUCGGAAGAGGACUAUUAGUCAGUCUUCUUCUUUGAAGUCAAGUAGUAAUAACAGCAACAAGGAGAAUAGUAGCAGCAGCAAAAGCAGUUCCUCUGCAUCAAAGCAGAAGAAGACUGAAGGGAAGACGUCCGGUAGCUCGAAGGAAACUAAGGAAAAGACUUCAAAUAGCUCCUCAAACUGUCCUUCAUCUACACCAACUUCUGAAGCUUCUAAACCUCGGAGAACAAAGCUUGCCUUUGAUGACAGAAAUUAUUCAGCAGAUCAUUAUUUGCAAGAAGCAAAAAAGCUAAAGCACAAUGCCGAUGCAUUGUCUGACAGGUUUGAGAAAGCUGUGUACUAUCUUGAUGCUGUGGUAUCUUUCAUAGAAUGUGGGAAUGCGUUAGAGAAAAAUGCUCAGGAAUCCAAGUCCCCAUUCCCUAUGUAUUCAGAGACAGCAGAUCUCAUCAAAUACACUAUGAAACUAAAGAGUUACUUGGCACCAGACGCUACCGCUGCAGAUAAAAGACUUACAGUACUUUGCCUACGGUGUCAGUCUUUGCUAUACCUGAGGCUAUUCAAACUGAAGAAGGAAAAUGCUUUGAGGUACUCCAAGACACUGACAGAGCACCUGAAGAAUUCUUACAAUAAUUCUCAAGCACCGUCACCUGGGUUGGGAAGCAAAGCUGUUGGGAUGCCAUCCCCUGUUUCUCCAAAGCUGUCACCAGGUAAUUCAGGAAAUUAUUCUUCUGGAGCCAGUAGUGCUUCAGCAAGUGGUUCUUCGGUGACCAUUCCACAGAGGAUCCACCAUAUGGCAGCCAGCUAUGUUCAGGUUACAUCCAACUUCCUCUAUGCCAUUGAAAUUUGGGACCAAGCUGAACAGCUUUCCAAAGAGCAAAAAGAAUUCUUUGCUGAACUGGAUAAAGUAAUGGGCCCUCUCAUCUUUAAUGCAAGCAUCAUGACAGACCUAAUUCGCUAUACCCGGCAGGGACUACACUGGCUUCGCCAGGAUGCCAAAUUGAUAUCUUGAACUGAACACAUUCUCGUUGCCUCUGAUUUUCUCCACAACACUGUGUCACAUCACGAAGGAAAACUGCCAUAACACGCCACCUAGUCAACACUAAGAAUGAGGAAUGGUUUUCUCCUCCCUAAUUCAUGCAUUGUUUUUUUAAAAACCCAAAGCCAUCAUGUCAGUUGACUCCUUCAAUAUUCCCAAUCUGAAGAAUUAUUUAAAUGUUUUAAAAUAUGCAGCACAUCAAUAAGAUGGUUUCAGUUAUCUGUAAUGAGUGAAAUUCCAGUUGUAAUUCAUGACUAAUUGAAAUUUAAUUUAUUUUAAUUUUUAAAGUUCCCAGUUUGGGAAUAGUUUAAAACUUAGGUUUUUUUCUGCCUAUAAAUUUACUCUGUUAAAUAUUUAGCUAAGUUUAAUGUAGACGUUUUUAUUUAUAUACUUUGGGAGCUUUGUUACCUUAUGUCUUUUGUGGUAGCUCUUCUAAGAGUAAGAGUUGGUUCCUCUAAAAUAUGGACAUAUUCUUUCUACACCUACUACCUGAUGUUAUUUCAAAUCUUAACUACAAUUUUAUUAUUGCAGAAUUUUUAUUUAGUAUUAAAGAUAUUCUACAUGAAAUAUCACUUAAAAAUGAGAAGAUGGCAUUCUACAUGGAUGUAAAAUGCAGUGUCUAUUGAAAUGUCUAAUUUGGUAUGCAUUAUUUCAAGAACUGUGAAUGUGUUAAUAACACUAUAGCAAUCACAAGGUGACUAUAACUUGCAUUUAAUGCAUUACUUAUGAGGGCAGGCAAACUUUCUAGGAGAAGUAUGUUGUAUGAAGGGUUUCAUAUAAGGACAAUCUUGAACUUUAUGGAUUUAUUAAAACUAUGUUCUUUCUUGUUGCUGAUCACUUGAUGGUUAAUUGAAACAGAAAGUUACUAUUGAACAAAGGAUAAGCUAGCCUGAGGGUGUUGCCUGUGUCUCUUUUACUCAUGAUGUUUGAAGGGAAAAAUCUCUCUUCAGAAAUUUUUGUAUUUCCCUACAGUAGAUUGCAGUGCUUUCUUAGGAACAUGCAGUGUUGUAGGAAUGGGCUAGAGCUUUGGUUGUGUGUUCUUUUUGCUGUACAAUUUACAGUUUUAAUGCCUGGUAGAUAAUUAAUUUCUUCUUAACCUCUCAUAUUCAAUCUUCGUAUAAUGAAGGCCCUCAUCAAUAAUUUAUGUUUCUGAUGGGAUCAGAAAAUUCAGAUAAGGAAAGCAUUUAAUUUAGUUCAUUGUUAUCUGUUGGGAAGGGGACGGGAGCUAAAAAAGGGGACAUAGAGCUAAAAAGCUGGCUCAAUACAAGGUGUUUCUCUAAAUACUUUUCCCAAUAAGGUGCAUAAAGGAGUCACAGGUGAGCAAUGUACCCUCUGUGUUUGGUUUUUGUUUUGUUUUAAUGCCCCUAUCAUGUCUGGUGUGCCUUAAAUCUUACCUUGAAAUGAGGACUGUGGAUUGUUUACAGAUGAAGUUUUACACUAGGACCAGAUUGCCCAUGUGGUUGGUCUUCUGUAGUAAUAUUUUACAUUCUCUUUUCUUGUAAAUCUUAAUUUAGGGUCACAUAAAAAUGAAUCCUUUCAGAAAAAGCUAAGACUUUAUUACAUGACUUAGUCUAACCUGUCGGGUAAUGCUGUUCAAAAAAUAGCUUAUCCAUUUCCCUAUUCCAGUAAUGAAUCCAUCGGACAAAAAUAAAAAUUGCUCUGCUAUUUAUAAAAAAAAAAAUUGCUAAAGCUUGAAAUGGGAAAGGAGGAAUUGAAAAUCUCCAAGCCCAGUGGUGCAGUGAAUCCUCUAUUUGAAUCUUUUACACUUACUUCUGAAGCUAGUGAAACCUCCUUUGUCCUAUGGCCUCAUGUUUAUAGAGCUUCUUAAAUGUUUCAUACCUCAAGUUGUUUUUGCAUAUCAUUGAAGAUUAAGAUCCAAAAAAAUAUGUUAAGUUUCUGAACCCUUUUUCCCUUGGAGAAAUUGCCUCCGAUACCUAACAACUAUGGUGUGUUUUAGGAACAGUUUUCCUUAAGAGGACAACUUCUCAGUGAUCAUGGUAGUAAGAAAUUUGCCACUGUUAAUCACAGAUGUAUGUCCUGUCUUUCUCGAUUCCUCUGACUGGUUUCCUUUAAUUUGCAGUGAUGACUUAGAAAUGGAAAAAGUAUCCUCUGAGCUUUUUAGACGGUCAGCCACAGAGCCAAUUGGCACUCCCUGAGCUCUAGUGUGCUCUAGUCUCUUGUGUGUCCAGAAGGCAGCAGGAGCAUUUCUGGGAACACACUGAUAAUUUUAUUGAAGUAGAGUUUCCUGCAUGUUUUAUGGUGCUGCUCUAAGAUUCUCUCUAUAUGUAACUGUUAAUUCUUAGAGAAUAUAAAUUUUUCAAGUUUCAAUUGUGGGGGACCUUUUCCCACCACAUGAUAACAGGCCAUGGAUCAAAAUUCUAUCCUAAAUAAUUGGGUUUUCAGUGUAAUAGUCUGUGGAAAUACCACUCCCUCUUCUCUGUGUCCUUCUGCUCAGAAACCCUAUCUUUGUCUUCCUCUGCUCCAGCACCUACUUUGGACUCCCUUACAGGUCACUAUUCCUUCUUCCUCAGUAGGUGUCUUCAGUGUUCUCUAAUCUUUUAAAACUGCAUUUGACAAGUGGCUAAAAACUCACUCUGAAAUUUGUGCUUAAUAUAUAGUUAAUUCUAGAAAUAGCAGCUAUUUUUAAAAAAGUUAUUCUGUUGACUGCUCUUUAAGAUCACACUUCUAUGCCAGGAGGCAGCAGCCCGUUCCACUGGACUCUACAGGCAACCAGCGAACAGAUUGCUGCAGAUGAAGUUGUCUCGUAUAAGCAAUAGGGGCCUUCUUCUCCAGAUGAUACAAGUUUCCAAAGGCCACCCCAGGUGCAUUCUGGCCAGGGAUCAUUGGUCCAUUUCUUGCCCUUCAGUGCUACCUUUUUCUGGGCAAGUAGCCAAGAACUGACUUUAAUAAGCGGUGAGCAUGUCAGAUAAAUUUAUAGUUAAAGUUGCUGAAGAGUGGAGAAGGUUGACCAUCACUAAUUAAUUCUCCGACGUAAAAGCAAUCUGAAGUAAUGUGUGCAUGUGCCCCAUCCCCACCCACCCCCACCCCGUCACCCCCACACACACCUGUGCUCUGGGGAGCUCUUGCACAGAUGAAUCCAUAGGCAUCUGGGCUGCACUUUGAAUGACACACUUGUAGCUUUAUUAGAUUCACUGUUGUUGUUGUUGUUGUUGUUUUUAAAUUGUUUGUUUUCAUUAAAGAAAGGUUUAAUCAGCUAGAUCAGUCAGCAUCAUUUUGUAUUUAAUGACAGAAACUUUGAGACGUUACCUUUAUUAAAUAAAUGAGCUUGCCUUGUAAAGCAAGAGCCUAUAAAAGGCCCCUGUUCUAAAAGGAAGUUGUGGCUCUGGAGUCUCCCAGAAGCCAGUGAGCAGCCAGUGGUCGCUGCUGUCAGUGAUGCCUAGUUGUGUAGAGGAAAGAGGUACAGCUUGCACUCUUUUAGGUGUGAGGUAUGCAACUUUGGAUUUUAAAAUUAUGUACACAUACACACUUUAUAUAUAUGUAUGUAUGUAUGUAUGAAAACAUGAAGUUAGUUUGUCAAAAUGUGUGUUUAGUAUUUUAGCUUAGUGCAACGAUUUCCACAUUAUUUAUUAAAUUGAUCUAAGACACUUUCUUGUUGACACCUUGAAUAUUAAUGUUCAAGGGUGCAAUGUGUAUUCCUUUUAGAUUGUUAAAGCUUAAUUACUAUGAUUUGUAGAAAAUUAACUUUUAAAAUAUAUUUGAGCCCCUUCUGUAGUGUAAUAGGGCUCUUACAGGGUGGGAAGAAUUUUAAUAGUUCCAGUUGCUAACUGAAGAAAAUGGCCUCAUGUAUUUUGAAUUAUGGGAGUUUGCCUCUGGGUCCCGGGAACAUCUCUGGGAAGGUGUAUUAGGUAGAUUGUGAUAUUUUUUUCCUUUAAAACAAAGCCAAAAAGAAACUAAAUUGGGAAGCAAAACAUUUCAAAUCUGUCUAGACUCCUAUAGAGCAUUUCAAUUUCAGUUGAUUUUAUUUCAGUUUCAUGUAUUACCUGCUGGAGAGGCAGACUUUUUUCCCCAACUACACAUCUAAGAGCUUAGUAUUGAAUGACCAGAAUGUGUAGUGACAGGCCAAAUUGGUCGGGUUUGUGAACAUCUGUUUCACAGACUCAUUAAUAGAGAAAUUCAGUUUAGGCUUCUAAACCCUAAAAACCAAGAUUGCAAUUGACAGAAACAUAGUAUUCAUUGUUGGUAAAGUGGGUGCUGGUUCUACUGAAAUCAACCCUAUGUUAAUGAAGGUGAAUUUACUGCCUCCAGAAAAGGAAACAGAAGAGAAAUAUCUGAAUCUCUUUUGGUGUAACUUGGUUACAGAGUAAGGCAUUACCAAUCUUUUAAUAGCAGCCUAAGUUGUCAUUCAAUGCAGUAAACUUUCAAGAUUGUCAGCAUUAACCUCUCCAUGUCACCAUUGCUCAGCCAAACAUAAAUUGCCAUUCUUUUAAAAAGAAAAACAAAAAACUAAAGAGCAUAGAAAAACAUGUUCCCACCCAAAAAAUCUAGAAAUACUCUAUUUGAUCUCUUACUCCUUCCGCGUGUGGUUUCCUUUUAGCUUGUUUCACCACUGGAAUUUUCUACCUGGUAUGUUCCUCUCUGGAAAAUAUCUAUUUGGAAAUGCUGCCUUUCAAAUCAAUGCCAUGAUAUCCAUACUGUUUAGUUUGUUGUUGCUGUUCAAGAAGUAUCCCCAUUUUACACCUUUAUGCACUCUCCUGGAAAAUCAUUGGUAUAAGCAUUCAACAGUACUCUGGGGGAGGUAAGGGCUUUGCAGGGUGGGUGGGGCUGACCAACAGAGCUGGCCUCAUUGGCAGUGUCUUAAAGGCAUCACUGUCUUUAAGGUCCAGAGAUGAGUUGGUAAGCACAGUUAGGAAAAUUUCUAUCUAACCUCCCUUUUGAAUGGUUUAAGAAAUUUUAUAUAUGGAGGAUGCAAAUACUUAUAUAUUUAUUAAAGAUCCCUUUAUUUGAAUUUAAAAAUUAUUUGGUGAAUAAUGGUUUGCUAUUUCGGGGAGGGUUUUGGAGAGGAGGUAAUGCCACUGAUAAAUUAAAAGCCUUGUUGAUUCUGCAGAAAGGUACUGUUAGUGUCUGAUAGGAUGCCUUUGUUUUGUACAUGAUUCAAAUCUUUGUUUUACAUUUCUUUCAUCCAAAAUAUUCAGGCAUCUGACAUUUUUAACCAAAAUUUCAAUUAUAUACUGUGAUUUUUAUUUGUUGCAAUACAUUAAAAUUUCAGAGGUACUUUGGGGCUCAGAAGCUAGGAUUUCUAAGUCAGUAUGUGCAUUUCACAUAAUAAAGCUGUUAAUGGUAAGCAAAAUAUUAUAUACUAACUAGAUUUUUCCACAUCUGUAUAGUAUAUUAUAUGUAUUUUGUGGUAUUGAGACUAUAGAAAGUUUAGAGUGUCAAACAUGCGUUUAAUGUGUAUUUUUAAACAAAUUUAUGGCAAUUAAAAUAUUUGGAGACAAGGGUAUCACAUUUCAAUUUGUAAAGAUCUUUUUAACUCUACUGUGUCAUUAAGAUGCUUUGUAUAAUGCCAAACCAUAGCUGGAAGAACUAAGUUUAAUAAAUAUCAAAUAGA